AUGCUCAGAAAUAUCUAGGGCGGGCAUCAACAUUGGCACUUGGGCGGGCGGCAGUACCAAAACUGUUGCGGAGCUAUUUAGUGCACAUACAAGACUAACGAAAUAAAUAUAUGAGAUAAUUGUUUGAUAGAGAGUUACAAUUUUUGUUAUCUAAUUUAUUCUAUUAUUUCGAGUGCAAAAAGGAGUGGAUUUUGUAAAAUGGGUGCCGAGGAUCCAAAUUCUUUAGUUGCAGUUGAAUUUGAAGUUUUUGGACGGGUUCAAGGGUGUUUCUUCACGAAGUAUUGCAAGGAUUUGGCAGAGAGUCUCGGCAUCUGCGGGUGGGUGAAGAAUACUAAGAGAGGCACCAUCAGCGGAAAGCUCCAGGGAUGUAAGGCGCAUCUUGAUAUUAUGCUGAACUGGCUGAGCACGGAGGGGUCUCCUGAAUCCAAGAUCGAGAAGUGUGAACUAACAAACUGGCAGUAUUUGACGCGGCUUGACUAUAAUAAUUUCAGCAUAAGGUUUUGAAUAAUAAAAAAACAAUGUGAACCAAAAAA